AUGAAUACAGUUCAGCAUCCUGACUCAGAUGUUCCAAUGAAUCUCGAAGAAUGCAUCGAACAUACAAACACAGCAAAAUAUUUAUCAACACAUGCAUAUUCAAAAAUGGUACCGUCGUUCAAGUUUAUCAUUGAAAAUCUCAUUCGUAUUAUAAACGAUCAUGACCAUCGAAUAGGAAAUCAACGCGCAUUGGAAUUUGGUGAUGGACCAUGUCUUCUCACUUCAUUUAUCUUAGCUAAAAAGGUUCAAUCGAUUCGAUUCGCUGAUCGCUCGCUAGAGAAUUUAGCUGCUGUUCGAAACUGGAUCAAUCAAAAGCCAGAUGCACACGAUUGGAGUGAUCUCUUCGAUCGAGCCAUCCAUGAAUAUCAUACACAAACAGGUGAUACGUCAGCAAAACGAUCACUUUGGGAGAACCGCUUGCGAGAAGCAAUCGUCAAUGGCGGAUUGUUACAAUUUAAUGUUCGUGCUCACGAUUGUCCUGUACUAAAUGGCGAACUCAAUUAUUACGACAUCGUAUCAAGCAGUAUGUGUUUGGAAAGAGUUUGUUCGACACAUCUCAUUUACAAACAAACAAUCAAGCAAUUCUAUGCACUUUUAAAAGAAAACGGGUUCAUCAUUCUGAUGCACGAAUUAAAUCAGAGUUUCUAUGUUGAAAAUGAACAUCGUCAUCCGAUUUUACCAUUGAAUAGAACCGUGGUUAUUGAGGCUUUAACAGAUGCAGGAUUUGAAGAUAUUCAUGAUGAAACUCAAGAUCAAGAUGUCGAUAAUGUUGCAGACGGUAACGUGAUAAUGAUCGUUACCGCCUUCAAACCACAGCAAAGCUCUUAA